GCAGUUCGCAGGCCGGCGCUGGGGAGGCCCUGGAGGAAGAUCCGCUCGCUGCCGCCUCCCGCCGGGGCUGACUCACCGAGCCCGGCAGACAGCGGCUGGCUCCGGGAGUCCAUGUCUGCGUGCGUGUGACUCCGCCGCUGUUCGACUCCCACCAAACCACGGGAUCAGCCACAAACUUAACCAACAUCCCCAUCCCGAGUUCUCAGAUGUGGAGAGCUGUUUCCCUGUAUGUCAUCAAUGUGGAUUUUUUUUUAAUAUCAGCUUUUCUUUGAAAAGCUGAAUUUUUGGAACUGAGCAUUCUGCCAGAACUUACUGAGAGACCAUGACAAGUAUUUGUACCCGGCCCUUCUCCAACUACCGAAGCUGAUUCUCAAGGCUACUUUAAAAAAAAAAUCGGCAGCGGACAUUUAUGGAUUUCUGUUGUGUUUAAAUUCUCUACAGAUUGUCUUGUAAAUAUUUUAUGAAGUAGAGCAUAUGUAUAUAUAUUUAUAUGUGUGUGUGUAUAUAUGCACAUACAUUAGUAGCGCGACCUUUGGAAGUCGCAGCUCUUGCAGCGGAGGACGGAGGCCAGUUUUGCAUGAUAAAAGCGGCGAUGUUUAUGGAAGACGAUCCUGUAUUUUCUGUUGUGUUGGGACGUUAGACAAAACUCACCUGGGAAAACUGAGAGGUGGUUAACUACUGGAACUUCCAAACUGUGCGGUUGCCGUCCUUUUUCUCUCCGCAGACAUGUUGUAGGGCGUGUGUGGGGAUUUUGCCCCCUGAAACUUUUGUGACAGCCAAAGACUGAGCUGAAAUUCUCAAAGCAAGACUCGGACGAAGACCGUCCAGUCCCCCUUGGCAUUUGGCUUUGGAUUCUGGUCGCCCACUUUGAAAGCGCUCAGCCGCGGGAUGCCGGGAGCCCUGCCCGCCCGGGUCUGAGGCGCCUGGGCAAAACCAGAACUUGCCCCUCCUGGACAGUUCUUAACUUAAGUCAGCCCCCGCCCACCGCCCUUGCGGCAGUCCAGGCCCCUGAACUUGUAUGUUGGUCUCCCGGGAGCUGCUGGCUGAAGAUCCGCGCCCCCGCCGCCCUCUGCUAGGAGCCGUUUGCAGGGUCCUCACUCAAUCGGCUUGUUGUGAUGCGUAUCCCCGUAGAUGCCAGCACGAGCCGCCGCUUCACGCCGCCGUCCACCGCGCUGAGCCCGGGCAAGAUGAGCGAGGCGCUGCCGCUGGGCGCCCCGGACGCCGGCGCCGCCCUGGCCGGCAAGCUGAGGAGCGGCGACCGCAGCAUGGUGGAGGUGCUGGCCGACCACCCGGGCGAGCUGGUGCGCACCGACAGCCCCAACUUCCUCUGCUCCGUGCUGCCCACGCACUGGCGCUGCAACAAGACCCUGCCCAUCGCUNNNNAGGUGGUGGCUCUCGGGGACGUUCCAGACGGAACGCUGGUCACCGUGAUGGCCGGCAAUGACGAGAACUACUCAGCCGAACUGAGAAACGCCACCGCGGCCAUGAAGAACCAAGUCGCGAGAUUCAAUGACCUCAGGUUUGUCGGCCGGAGUGGAAGAGGGAAGAGCUUCACGCUGACGAUCACCGUCUUCACCAACCCGCCGCAGGUCGCCACUUACCACCGCGCCAUCAAGAUCACCGUGGAUGGGCCCCGGGAACCCCGAAACACCAGGCAGAUCCAGCCCUCCCCGCCCUGGUCCUACGACCAGUCCUACCAGUACCUGGGCUCGAUCGCCUCUCCCUCCGUGCACCCAGCGACGCCCAUCUCACCGGGCCGGGCCAGCGGCAUGACAACCCUCUCCGCGGAGAUUUCCAGCCGGCUCUCAAGUAAGCGGCCCGGAGACACCCUCUGAAAGCGAGGGAGGUUGCGGAGUGGGAGGUCGCGGAGUGGGAGGUCGCAGAGUGGAAGGUCGCGGAGUGGGAGGUCGCGGGACCGGAGGAGAUGCGUGGAGCGGGUGGCGUCACUUUUCAUGGGCUCGGAUGUGGUUUAAAGACGGGGCUGUCCAGACAGUUGGGGUUUCUUGGGGUUCACCAGGUGCUUUAGCCUCUUCUCAGAGCUUCUCAACGGGGGCACCAAUGGCCUUGGGGGCCAGGCAGCUCUUGGCUGGGCGGCCGUCCGUGAAAUGCAGGUGCUUAGCAGCGCCUCUGGCCUCUGGGUUCCAGUAGCCCCUGCCUCUCCAUGGGGACAACCACAGAGUGUCCCCGGACAUGGCCGGAUGUCCCCACACCACCCCCAGGUGAGAACAGGGCCUCCGCGUUCCUCAGG